GGCUUCCCUCCAGAGGCGAUGACGGGCAGCGUCGACGUUGCUCCCCUGCUGCUCCCUGCUGCUGCUGCUCUUGCUGCAGUGGUGAGAGAGCGAAGGUGUCUGAGUCUUGGUGCCGUGGUGGAGUAUUUUCAGUUUUAGACAGACCGAGGGUUUGGAUCGGUAGAGGGGAAGGAGAGGAGCAAUGGAAACGGCGAACCUCAAGGAGAAGUUUAGUGCCUUCGGGGAGAAGGUUAAGACUGGGAGCGGGGAGUUGAGCCGUAAGAUGAGCGAGCGGAUGUCCACCGUGAGUGACAAAAUGAAGGAGUUGUUCCAGGUUCCGACUCACGCGGACAAGCUCGUGGAGGACGCGACAGGGGAGAAUAUGGAGUUGGCAGAUUGGGAGAAGAACCUGGAGAUAUGCGAUUUGAUCAGUAUGGAGAAGGUUAGCGGACAGGACGCAGCGAGAGCUGUCAAGAAGCGGAUUAUGCUGAAGAAUGCUCAGAUUCAGUAUUUGGCCCUCAUGCUGUUGGAGACGAUGGUGAAGAACUGUGAGAAGAUGUUCUCGGAAGUGGCUUCAGAAAAGGUGCUACACGAGAUGGUGAGGAUGGUGGACGAUCGCAGCACGUCCACCGCGAAUCGCGAGAAAGCCCUGAAACUGAUCGAAGCCUGGGGCGAGUCCACCGAGGAGCUCCGGUACCUACCAAUUUUCGAGGAAACCUACAAGUCGAUUUUCUUCUGCCUCCUCGAUUGCGGCUCUGAGGCCUGCAUGCUUGCGUUGCUGGACCUUAAACCUAUACUUUACGAAAGCUUGAAAUCCAGAGGAAUCAGAUUCCCAGGACGAGAUGAGGAGAGCCUUGCGCCGAUUUUUACCCCGCCGCAGUCCGUCCAAACGUCUAACACAGCAGGAUCUGGAGGGUUCGACGGUAGCGUUCAUUCCAGGGAUAUGAGUGGCUUUGUGGCUCAUGAUGUGAGCUCAACAGAUUUUAAGGAGGUCUUCGAUGUGGCUCGCAACAGUGUUGAGCUUCUGAACACGGUUUUGACGUCAUCUCCUCAGCAGGAAGUUCUCAAGGAUGAAUUAACAUUGACCCUAGUUGAACAGUGCCGGAGCUGUCAGAUCAAAGUGCAGAGAAUCGUUGAGAGGACCAGCGAUGGUGACCCAGUGCUGUUCGAGGCACUGAACGUGUACGACGAUCUCCAGCGCGUCCUGACAAAAUUCGAGGAGAUGUCGAAGGGAACUGCUGAGCAACCUCAACCAGCAGAGGCCACGUUCGUCCAUGUGCAAGCCUUGGAUGAUGACUACAGUUGCGGCACUGCCGAAGAAGCCACGCUAGUGCGGAAGCGUGACUCAAAGCCUAGCAUUCCUCUCUCCUCGGCACACGACGACACUGCCAUGGCAGAUCUUGACGAGAUGAUAUUCGGCAACAGAUCUGAAGCCGAAGGGAGCAGACAGAAGUCGAAGAAGCAAAAUGCUGAUGAUCUGAUUAUGUUCUAAAUGAGUCUGGAAUGUUCUGUGACUUCGACUGUGAUUCUUUAGCAGCUUUUGUUGUGAGCAUUUGUUAAUAUGUACACUUUGUUGAAAAAUGUGCCCUAAAUAUUGAGCAGACAGUCCAGGGACUAGCAGACACUUAACCGUUCGGAUAUGUUCAGUGGUUCAGGAUGGGGCAUAUUUCACCUUAGUGCUGGUCGUUAAUUGGCAGCUUUUGACUAGGCUACUGCAGGCUGAUAUUAGAUUACUUGUAAGCUGUUCAGGGGUAUUUAAUUACAUUUAGACAACAGCUUAUGAUUGCAGUGCAUGCUUGGUGUUGAAGUUGCCAUCAGUGUGCCCAGUUAACUGUUAAGCUUGGAUGUCGAUUACAGAAACGCCUUCUAAACCAUGUGGCAGGGUGUUGCUGGAAAACUCUACAUGAAUCCAUUUAUUUCUCUGUAUUUAGAAGAACUUGGGAGGAAUUCAUCAUCUAUCGGACUGUAACGCAUAAUUACAGCUUGAGGCGUAAUUGAGCAUCUAUCAGAGUAUAAGAGGUGUUGUUUCCUUUGUAUUUAAAAAUUACCAGGAACAAGGACAUUAUGUUACGCUUGUUUCAAACUAAAUGACGGCGCUAAGUAUUUUACAACCA